GUUGGGACCAGCGGCACCUGUUGCUCGGCGUUUCCGCUGCCAGUAUGACGACUCUGUGGACCGUUGUGGCCGCGCUGGCCGUGAUGUGCGGUGGUCUGUGUGAGGAGAAAACCUUCCUGCAGCGCGCCGGCUCCGCCUUCAGGAGCAGACAGUACAGGUCUCUGCUCACUGUCAGCAACGGGGAGAGCUUCGGCAACUGGACCUGGCCCGAGAUGUGUCCGGAAGAUUUCUUUGCUGUUGGCUUCAGUGUCAGGGUAGAACCCAACCAGUUCGGCUUAGACGACACCGCUCUCAACGGGAUCCGACUCAUCUGCGCCAAAGACGGGAAGCGCAACUUCCUGUACUCCAUUGAGUCCCACACCGGCUACUUCGGUGAGUGGUCGCAGCCUCAGUACUGCCCCAGCGGCGUCCUCAGCGCCUUCCAGAUCCGCGUGGAGCCUCAUCAGGGCCUGUUCGGCGACGACACGGCCGUCAACAACAUCAAGUUCCGCUGCAGCAGCAACCCGACGCUGGAGGCGCCCGGCACGGAGUGGGGCGAGUACGGCCACUGGAGCCACGAGUGUCAGGACGGAGGAAUCUGCGGCAUCGAGACCAAAAUGGAGGAAUACCAGUACGGCCUGGACGACUCCAGCCUGAACGACGUGCGCUUCCACUGCUGUGUGAGGUCUCAGGAGGCCAAAUAACGUGAUUGUUAGAUGGGGAACUUGAUCCGGUUGAUCUACGACAAUUAAUAAAAUGCUUCCUGAACUGUGA